AUGAACCGGAAGGUGAUACGGCAGAUGACAUCGACUCUAGUAGUUCCGGCUAUCCAUGCAGCGAUUUGCAAGGUGAAGCUCGACGAAGAGCGUUGGAAAGCAGCUACUUCUGAUAUAAGCAUCCAAGUCUUUGGAGAAUGCGGAGAAGACACCAAUAUCAUAAAGCUUGAGCGAGAGCCGGAGAAUACUAGGUUUCAGCGGAUAUUAUUAUACAAGGGUAUAUGCGAGAAAGAAACUGGGGGUAGUCUUGGCGAUGCAAAACUUGGCGUAUAUUCGUCGUUUCUCUUUGCGGGUUCGGAUCGAUUCAAGAAGCUUCUAUAUCCUGAAGGGCUGCAAUCAUGCCUAGAAGCCUCUGAAAAGGAGUUUUCAAAGCAUCUCAUUCAUUCUAUCACUGUUGACCGCAUGGUAAAAUUCAUGUACACCGGGUCAUACCAGCUCGACCAUGACGACAAAGUGACCACGGUGCACCAUGCAACACAGUUCCCCAAUGAUAAAACGAAGGGUAGUCUCUACAUAGAUCUAAGGAACCCGGUGUAUCUACAUUCAAAGGUGUAUCAGCUUGGUGUGAUGCAGUACCAAACGCUGUUAAUGACUGCCACACUACGAUGGUGGAAGUCCUGCUUUGCGAUAGCCCGCUCGUACCGGAAAAUUUGA